AUGCCCACUUCCCUGGUCACCGGUGGCACGGGCUUCAUUGGCCUGCACGUCGUCAAGCUUCUCCUCAAGAAGGGAGAGACCGUCCACACCACCGUCCGCAGUCUCAAGAACGCCGCCAAAUGCAAGCCGCUUCUCGAUCUCCAAGCCCAGUAUCCAGGCAGACUUUCCCUUUUCGAGGCUGAUCUUCUCUGUGAUGGCUCCUUCCACCCCGCGAUGGAGGGCUGCAGCGUUGUCUACCACAUCGCGUCGCCAUUUUUGGCACCUCCACAGAUCAAAAACGGAGUCAAAGAAUGCGUCGAGCCCGCUUUGCAGGGCACUCGCAACGUGCUGGAGUCAGUAAACCAAUGCGAGAACGUGCACCGCGUUGUCCUGACCUCUUCAAUCGCAGCAAUGUACAGCGACAGCAUCGAAAUCACCCAGAUGAAAGACAGCACCCUCACCGAAGCCUACUGGAACGACACCGCCACCGAGACCAACAACCCCUACCACUACUCCAAGGUCGCCGCCGAGCGCGAAGCCUGGAAGCUGCACGACGGCCAGCUCCACAAACGAUGGGAUCUCGUCGUCAUCAACCCGGGCCUCACCCUGGGUCCCCCACUCACCACUGAAUCCACGUCGGGUAGCUUGUUCACGAUUGAGAACAUCUUCUCUGGCCAGAACAAACAGGGCACACCCGAGCUGUACUAUCCCGUGGUCGACGUGCGGGACGUCGCGGCAGCGCACGUCAAGGCCGGGACGAGCAAGACGGCCACCGGUCGGUAUUUGAUUGCGGGCGAUCGCACGGUGGGGUUGUUGGAAAUGGCCGAGAUUGUGCGGCCGAUUCAUAAAGAUCCCAAAUUGUUGCCCACGCGCAAUCUGCCAAAGCUUAUGGUGUACCUGGCGGGGCCGUUUAUCGGGGUGUCGCGAAGCUGGGUUUCGAGAAAUAUCGGGAUUGAUUUCAAGGUGGAUAAUGGUCGGAGUGUACGAGAGCUGGGAAUGAAGUAUUUGCCUGUUGAGCAGGUGAUUAAAGAUCAGUAUGAGGCGUGGGUGAGGAUGAAGGAGCAGCACUAG